GUAACCAUAGACUCAACUUUCUCCUGAGAAAGUGUGAAAGAUAGGUUGAACAUUUGCUCUUUCUACUGCAUAAAGAUCCCUCAGAUAUCGGCGCAAGUUUAUUUUGAUGUUACAGAGGUAACAAUUAGAAUGCCAGCAGAUAAGAAAAAAGAACGCAAAGGAGAUGCCACGCCUGUUGUCUUGAAAGGUAUCUACAUAUUUCCCAAUGGAGACAAGUAUGAUGGUGAAUACACAAAUAAAGAAGAUGGCACUAUCUUACGCAAUGGUCCAGGGUCCCACUUCACCAGUGAAGGUGUCGCUUAUCAUGGCGAGUGGAAGGACGACAAAAUGACAGGCAAGGGAAGACUGGAGCACCCCUCUGGCGCCAUCUAUGAGGGAGAUUUUGUGAACAACCAGUUUCAUGGUACAGGACGAUAUACGUGGCCCAAUGGUUCCUUCUAUGAGGGACCUUUUGUUGAGAACAGACUUGAGGGAGAGGGAGAAUUCACAGACACAGACAGUCAAGUAUGGGCAGGCACAUUUAGGUAUAAAGCUGCUCCAAGUUUAAGGUUCAAGUUAAGGCUUUGACAUAUGAUUGCUAGCUGCGCCCUUUGGACAUUCCAUUAACUUUUAUACAGUGUUUCAGCUUUUUCGUUCAGACACUGUGACAGCUGUGACCUUGACAUUGUCAGCUGUGACCUUGACAUUGUGUCAGCUGUGACCUUGACAUUAUGACAGCUGUGGCUUUAAAGAUAUGUGUCAGCCGUGACCUUAGCAUAAGAUUUAGCUGUAAAAUUGCACAAGCUGCUCACUUGGAAAUACUGUCAAGCAUACUUUUACAACAUAUACUCAACAAGUCACCUCCCAAGUCCAGGAUAAAAUGAAAAAA